ACCUACAGUUGUGAUGAGUGUGGAAAGUCUUUUACCCAGGCUGGACACUUGAAAAAACACCAACUCAUCCACAGUGGAGUUAAACCUUACAGCUGUGACUUGUGUGGAAAGUCUUUUACCCAGGCUGGACACUUGAAAAAACACCAACUCAUCCACAGUGGAGUUAAACCUUACAGCUGUGAGUUGUGUGGAAAGUCAUUUACCCAGGUUGGACACUUGAAAAAACACCAACUCAUCCACAGUGGAGUUAAACCUUACAGCUGUGACUUGUGUGGAAAGUCUUUUACCCAGGCUGGACACUUGAAAAAACACCAACUCAUCCACAGUGGAGUUAAACCUUACAGCUGUGAGUUGUGUGGAAAGUCAUUUACCCAGGUUGGACACUUGAAAAAACACCAACUCAUCCACAGUGGAGUUAAACCUUACAGCUGUGAAUUGUGUGGAAAGUCUUUUACCGAGGCUGGAGGCUUAAAAACACACCAACUCAUCCACAGUGGAUUUAAACCUUACAGCUGUGAGUUGUGUGGAAAGUCUUUUAACCGGGCUGGAAACUUAAAAACACACCAACUCUUCCACAGUGGAUUUAAACCUUACAACUGUGAGUUGUGUGGAAAGUCUUUUAACUGGGCUGGAAACUUAAAAAGACACCAACUCAUCCACAGUGUAGUUAAAUCUUACAGCUGUGAGUUGUGUGGUAAGACUUUGGCUCAAAAUACCAACUUACAGAGGCAUCUAGUUACCCACUCUGGAAUUAAGGCGUACAGCUGCGACUUUUGUGGAAAAAGUUUCCGCGACAAACACUACCGAAAUAUUCACCUGCGGAUUCACACUGGAAAUGAUGUUUACUGCUGUGAUCAGUGUGGGAAACCAUUUACAACAGAUGCACAGUUACAACAACACAUGUUUAGCCACACUGAGGAGAGACCUUACAAAUGUGACCUGUGUGAGAAGACCUUUAAAUCUCCAUAUCACCUGAAAAAACACCAACAGAUCCACACCAGAAAGUAACUCUAGAAGUGCAGUUACUGUGAGAAGUAGAGCAACGCACAUGGAUCCAUUUCUCAACCCUGUCGUCACUGUGGUGGUGGGAAAGAGUUUCUCUGUGACCUUUGUGGAAAAACCUUCAGUCAUGAACGGGACCUAAAACCACAUCAACGUAGACACUGGAGGCAAAAUGAACUACUGCAAAGAAUGUGGGAGAGGCUUCCACAAACCAUAUAUACAUGAACUCUUCCACAGUGGGGUCAAGAAGCACAUAUGUGACCAGUGUGGGUCAUCCUUCACCACUGCACGUGAGCUUAAAGAAAAAGCAUAAGGGAAUCCACACAGGAGAGACACCAUACAAGUGCAGACACUGUGACAAAAGCUUCUCACAAUCAGGUCAUCGUA